AUGAAGUCAAUGUCCUUGGAACAGCUGCAGCGCCGCUUUGACCGACUUCAGGCUUUGCAGCGGCGCCUGGCAAAUCCCCCACCAACUUUUUUCGUUGCCGGUGGGAGGAGGUAUGAUCUGCCUCUUAGGGCGGGAGCCGCGAAACAGUGUGCUGAUGUCCCGCAACGCGUUCUCGACUACAUGGGAGGCUUUUUCGAUGGAGAUGGAUGCGUGAACAUAGACAGCAGCCGGUACCGGCUAAAAAUAACUCAAGCCCAAUCCGGGAGCGAAGUUCUGCUACUAUUCCGAAACGUGUUCGGUGGCGGGAUCUAUGCACAAGGCAAAACCUUGGGCAUGCAUCGGGCAGCCCUGCAGUGGAGCGUAGGCAGCAAUUCUGCUCGACUUGCAGCGGGCAGGCUAAGCCAAAGCACCUGCUGCAAAUAUGAUCAGUUGCUCCUGGCUGAAUCGGCUCUACCAGACCGAAGCAGGCUUACAAUCCUGAGAGCUUUGGCACCGUCGAGGGCAGUGUGCCCAUCUUGGUCAUAUUUAGCUGGCUUCUUCGAUGCUGAGGGACAUAUUCGACUUCGAUACCCCUCGAGCAUUGCAUUGCAGAUCGGGCAAAAGUUUCCUCAUGUACUGCAUGCGAUCCAAGAUUUCCUCUGGUGUGCCGAGAUAAGAAGCUCCAUGUAUACGAGCAGCAGCAGUCACCUGCUCGUCGUCAACCGGACCGAAGAGUGCAAGCACGUGUUGAGGAGACUACUGGUUGCAGGCCUCCGUGUGAAACGAGACACAGCCAGGAUUUCGCUUGAGUUGACCCCGAGCAACUUCCAUCACGUCCGAAGCGAGCUGGAGAAAAGGGUCGGGCUCCAAAGUCGGUACAAGCGGCUGACUGCCGCUGGAGCUGAGCGCGCGCAUGUCAUACGCACUCUGCAAGCGAAGACACGUGAAGGAACAGCCACUUCAAACAUAGCUCUGCAUCGGCACAUUAAUCCACAGUUGAUGUCUCUGCAAGCUACUCACCGGUUAAGGUGCGCGGAGGAGCGCUAUCUUCUGCUCCGUGCCGAUAUUCGAUCAAAACUGCGUCACGAAGCCUGGAUCCGGAAUUUGCCACAAAUGGUGGCACAACGCAACACAGCGGUGCUUGCCGAAUCGCCUUGCCCUGUGCAUGAAAGCCACCUGACUGCCAAGAAAGAACAGCCGAGGUUUCAGCCGCACUGA